AUGGCUCUUUCGCUUCUCCUUUCAAUCUUCCUCCUUUGGUCACUAGUAUCCACUGCCACGGCCUUCAACAUCACCAAGAUUCUUGAUCAACACCCCGACUAUGCGGUCUUCAACCAGCUGCUAACCAAGACCCAUGUGGCCCAAGAGAUCAACAAGCGGAAAUCCAUCACCGUCUUGGCGGUCCCUAAUGGCGCCGUGUCGGGAAUCACAGGCCAAGAUGAGGAAACCCUUAAGGUCAUCAUGAAGAUCCAUGUUGUUCUUGAUUACUAUGAUUCUGCAAAGAUCAAGAAGAUCAAGGAUGAUACGACAUUAACAACGUUGUACCAAACAACUGGAUCGGCUGAUAAAGAAGAAGGGUUUCUUAGAAUUAUCAAGGAUGAUAAUGAUAUUAAGUUGACUUCUGCUGUUUCCGGAUCUUCUGUGACUGCUAGGGUUAGCAAGGUUGUCACUUCUAUCCCUUCUGAUAUUUCGGUUGUUGAGGUUUCGAAUGCCAUUAUGCCUCCUGGACUAGAUGGUUCACCAAUUUCCCCAAGCCCCUCAUCGACAUCAAAGCAUAAAUCUCCGUCACCAAGCCCGAAUAAAUCUUCGUCGCCAAAAUCAUCAGAUGCACCUGAUGCAGAUGACAGUAAGUCGGCGCCUUCUGAUUCGGAUGCACCGGCUCCUUCCCCUAAAGGUAAAGAUCAUGGACAUGGACAUAAACAUAAACAUAAACAUGCACCAGCAUCAGCACCAGCUCCAUCUGACGACUCUGCCGAUGCUGAUGCGGAUGAUGAUGAUGCUGAUGCGGAUGCCGACGACAGUUCAUCGCCAGAUGAAGAAGACAACAGUACUGGCGAUGAGGACGAUGAUUCUAGCUCUCCACGAAAUGCAGCCGUUUCAGGUUUCGUUUUAUUGGCUUCGUUGUUUGCCAUGUUGUAA